AUGCUGCAAAGCCGCAUACUCGGUCGAGUCGGCUGCAGCCUGCGCUGUCGCGUGCCUCGCCUCCCGACCUCGCGCAUCCCCCACGCCGCGCACCCCUCACAAUGGCUCUCGCGGCGCGGCGUCCAGACCGGCGGCCCCUUUCGGCCGAUGCGCCCGCCGUCGCCACAGGAACUCGGCCGUCCGCAGGCCGCCAAGCAGUUCCCGCGCGGCCGCAAGUGGACGCGACGUCUACUUUGGACCGCCGCGGUGCUGGGCGGCGUCUACGUCGUCGACACGCAGGUGUACGCGGCGGGGCUCACGCGCACGCUGCGCACCUUUGGCACGACGCUGCUCGUGGCGCUCGACUACAACAUCAACUUUCGCGCCGAGCCUUGGUUCGGCGGCUCCGUGGCGGACUUGCACCACCGCAGCGCCGAGCGCAUGUCCACUCUGCUGCGCGAGAACGGCGGCCUCUACCUCAAGAUGGGCCAGGCGAUUGCCAUGCAGAGCGCCAUGCUGCCGCCGGCCUUUCAGAAAAUGUUUGCGCGCAUGUUUGACGACGCGCCACAGGACGACUGGCACGACGUCGAGGCCGUGAUUCGCGCGGAUUUCGGCAAGAGCGUCGAAGAGGUGUUUGGCGUCAGCUUCACGGGCAAGCCCGGCUACGGCGUCAUGGAGAAGAAGGCCAGAGCGAGCGCGAGUGUGGCUCAGGUGCACUGGGCGAGACUGCCAGACGGGCGCGAGGUGGCGAUUAAAGUGCAGAAGCGGGAUAUUGCCAAGCAGAUCUCAUGGGAUCUUUGGGCAUUCAAGAGCGUGGCCUGGAUCUACUCCAAGUGGUUCGACAUUCCUUUCUACAGCCUGAUCCCGUACGUGGCCGAACGCCUCGAGCUCGAGACCGACUUUGUUAACGAGGCCAAAAACUCGGACACGAUGCGCGACCUCAUCAACAACGAAAAGAGCAUGCGCGGCCGCGUCUACGUACCCAUCACCUACCCGGAGCUGACGUCGCGCCGCGUCAUGACGGCCGAGUGGAUCGAGGGCGUGCAGCUGUGGGACAAGAAGACGAUGACGGCGCGGUGGCUGGGCGGCCGGGGCCAGGGCACGCCCGGCGCGCGCGUGCCGCUGCCCGCCGUCGACAUGGACGCCAUCCGGCGCGAUGUGCGCACGCAGGCGCACGCGGACCACCUCAAGCCGGAGCGGCAGGAGUGGCGGGGCCGCCGGGGCCAGGGCGGGCUGGGCGUGUCAACCACCGAAGUCAUGCGCACGGUGACGGACCUGUUUGCGGCGCAAAUCUUCACCUGGGGCGUGGUGCACUGCGACCCGCACCCGGGCAACGUCUUUGUGCGGCGGCUGCCGAGCGGCCGCGCCGAGGUGGUGCUCAUCGACCACGGGCUGUACGUCUACAUGACGCCGACCUUUCGGCGGCAGUACGCCGAGUUCUGGAAGGCGCUCAUGACAUUUGACAAUGACACCAUCAGCCGCGUCACGUCGCAGUGGGGCAUCAAGGGCCCCGAUUUCUUCGCCAGCGCGACGCUGAUGCGGCCGUACGAGGGCGGCGGCGAGUCGACGCGGGACGCGUUCCUCAUCAAGGACGGGGACACGCGGACGUCGGCGGAGCGGCACUACGAGAUGGAGCAGCGCAUGAAGCAGGGCCUGCGCGACAUGCUGGCGGACGAGGACCGGCUGCCCAAGGAGCUGCUCUUCAUCGGCCGCAACAUGCGCAUCGUGCAGGCGAACAACCAGUUCAUGGGCUCGCCGGUGAACCGCAUCAAGGUCAUGGGCUGGUGGGCGAGCGGCAGCCUGUUCCGCGACCCGCACCUGGGGUGGCGCGCGAGGGCGCGCAACGCAUGGCGGCACGCGCUGUUCACGGCCGUCAUGGCCGCGUCGGACGUGGCCUUUUACGUGCUCAAGGUGAGGCAGUGGCUGGGUCUGGGGGGCGGCAUGGAGGAUGUCAUGGAGAAGCGCAUGAAGGACAUGGCGCAGGACAUGGGCAUUGAGCUGCAAAACGACCUGUUUAGCGGCUGA